GUCCCCCCAAAAAUUUCCCAGCGAAGCAACCAACCUGCGCAUCCGUCGUCGUCGAGACUUUGGGGAGAGACAAUCUUCAAUCCCGACAAACCCCCUCCCCCAUCCCUCUCUCUCUCCUCCCCUUCAUAUCCAGCCCACCAUGCUGCCCAGCAGAGGCGUCCUGCGCUCCCUCCCCUCGGUGAGGGCAACCAGCAGCAUCUCAAGCCAAUCUAUGUCCCGGUCGCCCAGACGGCUCGGCGAUGGACGACAGUUCGGAACCUCCCUGCGCAGCAGCGGCGCGCCAUGGACCGCCCUGAGGCCCGCCAACUCCAGACUGGGUAGCGGCCUCGCCGGCACAAUAGCCAUCGGCGGCUCCCUCGAGACGAGACGAGCCCUCUCCCUCUGGUACUCCAAGCCCGAGCCCGCCCCUGCGGAAACGACACCGACAUCAGCAGCUCCCGCGCAAACCUCGGUGGAAUCCGCCGCCGCCGCCACCGACGACGCCUUCGCCUCCGCACCCGUCCCUGAACCGGUCCUCGCCGAUGCCGUCACCCCCUCGAGCUCCAUCCCUGAGCUCGACGCCGCCGCCCUCCUCGACCUCCCCGAACAGAUCGGCUUCCUCAAGACCCUCGGCCUCGACUUCGGCUGGGGCCCCUCGAGCGUCAUGCAGUGGGUCUUUGAGCACAUCCACGUCUACUCGGGCCUGCCCUGGUGGGCCUCCAUCGCCGCCACCGGCAUCCUCCUGCGCCUCGUCAUGUUCAAGCCCCUCCUCAGAGCCCAGGACACAUCGGCCCGCAUGCAGAAGCUGCAUCAGGACCCCAAGUACGAGGAGGUCCGCAAGGGCCUGCAGGAGGCCAUGUCCCGCGGCGACUCGGCCGCCAUGACCGAGCUGCGCCGGGACCUGUCCGUCAUGAACAAGAACGCCGGUGUGAACCCUCUCAACGGCCUCUGGGGUCUCCUCCAGAUCCCCUUCGGAUACGGCAUGUUCCGCGUUCUGAACGGCGCCGCCGCCAUCCCCGUCCCCGGAAUGGAGACGGGCGGCUUUCUCUGGUUCUCUGACUUGACCGUGGCUGACCCCCUCUUCCUCCUCCCCAUCGCCGGUCCGAUAGCCAUGUUCGCCAUGGUCAAGCUCGGCUCCCGUUACGCCACGCCACAGGCCAAGGCCCAACAGAAGCUGAUGAUGUACAUCCUCGGCCCCAUCUCCGUUAUCUUCACCGCCUUCCUCCCCGCCGGCGUCCAGUGGUACUUUUUCGUCGCCGGUGCCGUCGGCGUCUUUCAGAACUGGCUCUUCAACAUGGCCGGGUUCCGCAAAUUCUUCGGCCUCAUGCCCCUCUCGGCCCCCGCUGCAGCCACCAUCACCACGGCCGCCGCCAACUCUGGCCCGACGUACCAGCCCCCCCGCGGCGCUGCCAAGACCUCCGCCCAGGACGGCAGCAUCAGCGGCAUCAUCAACAGCCUUAAGCAGACCGUUCACGACGCCAAGGGCGGCGCCGGGAACUACAUGGAGGCGAACCGUGCCAAAGACGAGGCCCAGCACGCCAAGAAGUACGCCGAGAGGAGAGGCGAGCAGGAGAGGCAGAAGUUCUGGAGCGAGAUGCGGAAGAAAUGAGAGGCAGAGACAGACAAACACCCGAUCUCUUUUUCGUGCAGAGACAGAGCUCACCCUUGUAACAUAUGGAAGUAGAUGAAGAAGAAGAAAAACAGGGGACCGGCAAAGACUCCCGACUCGAGGAGAGAGGAGCAAAAGACACUGUACCAUACGGGUGUAAAAGCAAACCAAGAAAAAAAAACCAGCUCAUGUAUCAUAUGGACACUGCACAACAGGAAUAAUAGAGAACCGCUCUCCGAAUCAAUGAAUCACU